AUGAUGAUCAAAGCUGACAUAAGCCUAAUCGGAGAUCUGGUGAAGCCGAUCUGUCCAGAGAUCGGGUACAACACAGUCCUUAGGGGGUAUCAAAGUUUUUGCGUUUUUAAAAACCCGGAUGCAUCCAACCCAUCCUACAUAUCCCACAUUGCCCUGUCAACAAAUCUCAACUUCACCAGCAAUGAUGAGCCUGACAUGCCUUUGAAUGGCUCAGCUGACAUACUCAUGGAUAUUUGUGGCAGUGAGCUGUAUGAUCACAGCACUCAUGGCUGUGGUUUGCCUCCUAUUCUCAACUUGAUCAAACCCACCAACCCCCUGGCUGCUGUUGCAUCCACUUCUGGUGCAUCCUUUGCUGGCGCUGGUGAUGAUGACAUCUUUAACACACCUUCACCUCCACCUUUGCAGGCUCAACCACCUUCCUCCACUGCUGGUGGUUUGGAUGUCUCUGAUUCCACCUCUUCUCAAUCUUCAGCCCAGCUCUCUCCCAGCAUCAAGUGCAAGCAAGGUGCCCUUGAUCACAAGCACAACACACUUGCUGAAGCUUUCUAUCAUUCUUCCAUUGAUACCCUUCAGAUCUGCCUGCAGCUUGAACAGGAAUGCACCAGAUGCGAGAAAAUACUGGAGGCUGAGCAUACCAAGUGCAAGGAGAUGCACCUGCAUCAUGAGAGGGAGGAGAAAGAGUGCAAUGAAUGUGUUCGUGCAUGUAAUCGUGAAAUGGUGAUGGAGAUGGUGCACCUCCUUGCUUCUCAGGCCAGUGUCGAACAGGAUGCUUGUCAGAACACCAGCAACAACAACAACAUGGACUCUUCAUUCAAUCUUCCUGUCUUGUAG